UUUUUCUUCUUUCUCCACCUGUUUUUUUGGUCUCUUAUUAUUUCUUUACUAUUUAGUGAUAAUUCUCUCUACCUGUGCCUUUUUUUUUAUCAAGGAUGCUGCCCGAGUUUGGUUAUAUUGUUGCGCAAGCAGGUGCUGAUUCGCGGCUUGCUCCAUCCACCAAGUCAUUGGCAUCGUCCUACCAUUCACAAGACGAUGUCGCCAAAGCUCAACCUUACUAUACGCGACACCCUUCCUCACCUCAACCACUGUUACCACUUCCAGCUCCACAUAUGCAUCCAAUGCAUGAAGACUAUUUUAACAAAUCCUAUUAUGUUCAUGGUGGCACAGACCAUGGUCGUCCGCUUCAGCCGUUACCACCUCAACCGUCAACACAACCGUCGUCGGCAUGGCAUUCGAUUCACACGUCGCCUCGCAGUUCAGUAUGGCAAACCUCGCCCUUGUACACCACCCCUUCUCCAACGAAAUAUCGCGAUCAGGAAGAUCCUUACUCCUACCCUUGGAAUCAAGGUAUGCCCCAGGAUCCGCGUAUGGAUUGAUCAACCUCGUUCAUUGCCAAUGGGUGUAGACGAAAAUCAGCAUGAAAUGAAGCUAUUAAAGGGCCUGCGAGAGUACAACAAUCUACUAACAUGGAUGGAUAAUGAGUUUUGGGAACAAAGCAAAGAGUAAGUGCCAAUGAAUACGAUCGGAAGUGAUCUGCAUAAAAACAUGCAAAUAUUAAAGUACGAUUCUGCCUAUAGGGUUUACCGCGAAAAACUGGCCU